AUUGACACCCAUCUGAUGUGAAAAAGAAAAAGAAAAAAAGACUACAGUCCUGACUGGGGUGGCCGGACUCCAGCGUGGGGGACAGAGGGAGCUGGGCUCUCCCGAUAGGUCAGUGUGGCCCAGGAGAGCCUCGCUGUACUCAGCCGUGUCGGGUCAGGCCCUAUGGGCUGGGAGGACCUCACGAGAGCCACCCUUCCUGCUGAUCCAAGUAGCCCCCAACAACCCGCCAGCAGCUACGCAAGCAUUUGAGCCCCUCCGACGAUGACAGAAGUUACCUCCCUGGGCGAUGCUUGCUUUGCCCCUUGGAGUUGACUGCAGUGUUGGAGAGCGGAGGAAGAGCAAGAGGUGGUGGGUCCUAUCCUAGCUUUUUGUCCACCCUGAGUCUGCAAUCCAGUUAGCUCAGGCUCCUGAGCACCCGGGAAACCGGUGACUGAGCCCCCAAAACACUGCUAGGGUGAGCCUUUCUUUGAGGCCUCCGGCUAGGGUCUGGGGUGGGCGACAGUGAGAUCAGAAGCAAUAUGCUAGGGCAGGAACUGAAAGGAAAUUCAAAUGUAGCCUCUUUUCUUAGAAAAGUACCCUAGAAGACAUCCAAGGAAGAGAAUAUUAUAAACAUAGACAUUUUUCUUGAAGUGCUUCAAUCGCACCUGUGGAGCCUUCUCUGGUUCCUGGACUCCAGGAAGCCCAUCUGGGCUCUCCAGGGGCCAGAGAGAGAGGGGGUUAUACACAGACACAGCUCUAAAGCAGACCCCAGGGUGAUCUGGUGGUGACAUCUGUUCCCAGCCCUGCUGAGAGCAGGUGGCUCCCGCUCCUCCCACUGUCACCCUAUCCUCCUCGUCCUGCCCAGCUUCACUAGCCCAGUCCUCAGCUGUGGGAUAGAACGCCACCCACGCUCCCUUGAAGACAGCCAGGACCAGGGCACUAAGGGCUCCAGAAGGGGCAGCUGACACCCUGGGAGCACUGGGGAGAUGGCUCUCUUUGGCUUCCUGGAAGGAGCCCGGGGGGGAUUUUCAUGAAGUGCAGGAUUUCAGGUACAGACUGCCGGAGUUUGAGGUUUGAGGAGGGAGGCUGGGACCAGCUUCUUUUGUGAAGCCCUGGAGGGGCAGGGGCCACAAAACUUGCCCUGAUCAUACCCCCCUAAGCCCCAACCCUGCCCCUGGCCUUCCCUUCUUCCCCGGAGACUUCUCUACCCUGCUUGAACUGGACUCUAAACCUCUCCCCUCCUGAAGCCGGGCCAGACACCCUGAGCAGGAUAGACCCCAAUGGAGAGGUCUGGUGUGGGCACAGCCCUGGCAUGGCCCUCUGGCUCCUCGUCCUCUGCCAGCUCCAUGGCCAGCCCAGUGGAUGCAUCCCCAGCAGGCCGUGCCAGUGGGUUGGGUCCCCACCGGAGAAAGCGGACCACUUUCAGCAGGGGGCAGCUGCUGGAGCUGGAGCGGGCGUUUGCAGCACGGCCCUACCCCGACAUCGGCACCCGUGAGCGCCUGGCCCAGGUCACCCGCCUUCCUGAAGCCAAGAUACAGGUGUGGUUCCAGAACCGCCGCGCCAAGAGAAUCAAGAACAGGAAGCCAGGAGGUCUAAGCUCCAGGCCUGAACCCCCUCUGGGCUCCUGUUCUCUUCCAGACACCCUCCAGCAGCCCUGGGAGUCCCGAGAGCUGGGGCAGCCGCCACCCUCCCCUGGCACACUUCAGCCUGCCUCAGUGUGUCGACAUGGCUCUUACCCAGCUGCUAGCUUGGGUCCAGGGCAAGGCUGGGUGGUGGCUAAAGUCACAGCCCCAUGGGGACCAGCUGAAGCUUUAGGGGUCCACCCUUCCUUGGAGCGAGCUACUGCCCAAACCUCUUUGGGCAGCCUGUCUGACCUAAUCUAUGCCUCGGCCAUUGUCACCAACGUGGACCACUCCUAAUCUCCAGAACUUGCAAGACCCCUCCUCUGGCUCCCGUAGCCCACCCUUUCCCUCCUAGGACUGAAGACAUCAGAAGGGGAUCCCGUUCUCUCCUUUUACCCAGGGAGUUCUCCCAUGGGAAGAGAGUUUAGCUCAGGGCCUCGUCCCUUCCACUGGCCUCCAGGCCAGCCCAGGUGCAGGCCCUGUGCAGACUGGGGCUUGGCUCCCGCUGCCCAGCGCCCUGGCCCCUCCUGGGCACAUGCCCAUCAUUUCAGGAGGUACCUUUGGAAGGAUGAGGUAGGAGGCCAUGUUUUUCACCUCUCCUGCCAGGCUUGGUCCCCAGUUCUUCUCACGGUAGCUGACAACCUCCUUUCUCCGAAGGGGCAGCCGCCUGUCUCUUGAGGGCUCUUCAGGCCAUUAGCUAACUGUUAAGUGAGCUGGGAGAGGAGAGCGCUGUUCCUAAUCUAAGCGGCUGGAGACCCACCCUUUCUUGGUUCAGGGCCCCUCUCCAGACUUCCUACCACCUGGACAAAUUAAUCAGAACUAUGGAUCUGAAGAGGGGGUGCUAUUAAAGUAAUAAAGUAAGAAUAGGAGCCCAGGGCUUAUGUUGAUUUAAUUUUCACAAAGAUCAGAUUGAUGUGGGGCUCUGCAAACAACCUGACAGAUUUAGGGCAGAGGGGGGCACAGCAGCAUUGAUUGGGUUUUGGUAUCACUGUCAUCUGUAAUACCAACUAAUCUCCAAAUAAAACCCAAACUCUG